AGCUUCCUUGCCAUUUCCUUUCGUCUCAGUCUUUUGUCUCAGUCUUAUGAAAGUAGAGCUCUAGUAGGGACAUACUUUGCGAAGAUUUACCUAGAAGUACAGAAGAUUGGCAAUGAUGGCUUCUACAACUUCACCAGCAGCAGCCGAUAGUCCGGCUUGCGGCACUCCGACGGACAUUUGCAAUGUCGACCUGACCACCCUGCGCCACCGACUGCACGUUUGCGCUCUGUCGGUGUCGGCACGUGAACUACAGCCUUGGAAAGUGGCUUUGAAAAAUGUGAUGCUGAAGCGAUCCAAAGUAAAUCCAGUAACCGACGACACACGUGCUAGUGCUAGCGGUACUGAGGGAACAAGUAAGCCGAGCAGCGGUCGAAAGUUGCUUCUCCUUGAUGCGGCAAAUGCACAGGAAUUAAGGGAAAAAUUUCUCGAGCAUGCUUCUGGAGUCGGGAAUUCAUCUGGUCAACAAGAACAGCUGGCCUUUUUUCAAGCAAUGGCGAAUAGGAUUGGAUCAACAGGAUCAACAGUAGAAGGGGUGCAGAACACGGCUGCAGAUACAUCGUCAACCGUUUCUUUGCUGAUUUCUGAUCCGAUCUGUUUUUUCGAUGAGGCAGAGCAUCAGCUCUUGCGAAACAUGACGACACAGCAGAGCCAGGGAGCGAAGAAAGCAAAAAAACAAGAGAAACAAGGACAUGCUGCUGCUAGCACUAAGGAAGGAAACAACAAGACAACUCCAGAAUCAAAGCUACAAGAACAAGUAGUUUCUUUGCACCAUGUUGCCUUUGACGUGACCUAUGCCCAACUUAGCAGUGACGAAGCCUUGCGCAUGGUCCUCCCUACUGGCACAGUGAUUCCAUCCGCUUUUGAGACCGUGGGCCACUUGGCGCACUUGAAUUUGCGCGACGAACUGUGGCCUUACCGUCGCACCAUUGGUCAAGUAGUCCUCGAGAAGAAUCCCAGUUUACGAGCUGUGUAUACGAAAGUGGGCUCCUUGAAAAACGAGUUUCGCACCUUUGAGAUGGAGUUACUUGCUGGUGUGGACGACACUCUUUGCUUGGUGAAGGAAGAAGGUUUGGUGCUCAAAUUGGAUUUUCAAAAAGUGUACUGGAAUUCACGCUUGUCGCAGGAGAGGAAGCGCUUGUUGGAACGCGUAUUGGAGAAGCCGACGGUCGAAAUCAAGGCGAAUCAUGAUGAAAUCAAGGCUGCUGAGGAAGCCAAGAAGUCAAAAAAUUCUACAUCACCGUCUUCGCGCAAGAGACCUAGAGACGUAUCCCCAGAGAACGAAGCAGGCGAUAUUUCGAAUGUGACAAUCACCACAGCUUCUACGAGUGGAAACAGUCCUCUUCACUCAGCGGACGUUGAAGAUGCGGCAAUCAUCGUGGAUCGCGCAGAAACGACCGCAACCACCCAGUCGGUUGACGGUGGGAACAACAUUCUGGUCGACAUGUUUGCAGGCAUUGGAGCUUUCAGUAUUUUAGCGGCACGAGCAGGCUUAAGGGUUAUUGCCAAUGAUUUGAACCCGGAGUCGGUAAAGUGGAUGCGAGUAAAUGCGGCAAGCAACUUGUCAACCACGACGAAGCAAGGGACAAUGAACUCGCAUCCAUUUCUAAGUGCGAAUGUGGAUGCUCGUGAUUUCGUACGAAACCUGGCAAGAGAGGAUGUGAAGGCUUGCCUUGCUGGGGCUUCCGCUUCUUCUUCCGCUUCUUUUUCCGUUGCUGCUGAGACAACAACUGAAACAGAAACGAGCAGGAAGUGCAAAAUGGAAUUGCAAGAUGUCGAUGGAAAAGACGUUUCACAAUCAUAUGGCAAGCCGCGUCACGCACAAGGUGUUUUCUUACAACAACAUUCAUCAGGUAGUGGGGCCUGUUCUUCUGCUGUCCACGUGGUGAUGAACCUCCCAGAGUUAGCUGUGGACUUCCUCGAUGUUUUUGUGAAUCUUUUCGCACAAGAACAACGACAGCUCAAAACAACUUCUUCCGAUUCCCAUCCCCAAGAACAACAGCACAAACAGCAACAACAACAACCGCUCAACCUGAGACCAAUUAUCAUCCAUUGUCAUUGCUUUGCGGUCAAAACAGAGGGCUUCGAACAGGGAAUCCGAGACCGCGUCUGUGCUGUCUUUGAGAAAGCAGGAGCUCGUGCGGAGGUGGCACGUGGGUGUGUAGAUGCUCUGACGAUUCGAGAAGUCAGAAAUGUAGCGCCAAAAAAGAACAUGUACUGCAUUGAAGGCGCGUUGUCUAAAGCCCUGUUGACAAAAGCUGACUGAAGACUUUGCAUGGCCCUAUUGUCUUAGCAACUUCUUACCCUGCCUUUUCUUCUGUAAAACGACAAGAACUGUCUGACCCUGCUCCUACGAAAUCUGAAGUAAGCUUCUUAUCCUG